GAGCUUACUCCUAGAACUAAGCCUUAGUUUACACACUGACUUGAACAUCGGAAAAGCAGUCCCUCAAGCCUUGCUAAUUGCUUGAGUACAUAGGGAUAGAUGUGACUAAAAAGAGCACAGAAGAUCAUGUGUUAUAUUUCCUAUGUAAUAGUAAAAAAACAAACACCACCAGGACUUGAUUCAAAUAGCUGAUAUCACAGAUUGAUGUGCUGUAUAUUGAUUGAGCAACCUGCAGAGAGGUUACUUAGCCCUUGAGAAGGAAACUGUGAGAGAUCAGUAGGCUCUUGACCUGCCUGCUGAGUGCUUUCCAGAGGGCCCUUCAAAGAGGCUGGUGAAAGGUAAGGAUGCUGUUCUUUCUCCUGAAGUGGAGGCUUUGUGGUAGUUACAGUGAUCUCACAGUAGUGCCUUUUGUGGUUUGUUUUUUCUUAAAUAGGUGGCUCACAUGACAAAAAGUGAAAUCAGUCUUCAAGACACUGCAUUUAUUGGACCAGGACUUAUCUUUUUAGACCAGUACUUCAGUAGUUUCAUUGAUGAAUAUGUUGUCCUAUGGAUAGCAUUGUUCAUAUCCUUGUUUGAUAUGCUGAGAUAUGCCACUGGUGUAUGCCUACAGAUUGCUGCUCAUCUUCAUAUACAUGUCUUCCGAAUUUCAUCUCAUCAAGCUCCUGAACAGGUACAAGUUGUUUCUCCAUUGAGCCAUCAGAAUAACAUGGACUGAAGAGACUUGCGAACAGUUGCCAUCUCCUGCUGUUGCUGUUACAAGAAAAGGAGAUUAUUCUGAACAGAUGCCAUACCAAUGAUUCCUUAAUCUAAUUAAAUGAAUGUCUAAUGACUUCUUAUAGAAUGUUCUAUUUUUGUAUUUAACAAAGUUCUUUAUAACUACUUACAGUGUCCAUCAUAAUCUUCUUCUGUAGCAUAGCCAUUUCUUUGCGAAGUUCAUUUUGUGCGCCAGCUAGAAGAGUUUCAUUGUUUUUCUCUAGGUCUUCCAUGCUCUGAAGUUAAGGAUAAUCUUAAUUCAGAACUGCUCAAUAUCAAAAGUACAAUUUAAAAACAGACAAUCCAUUAUUCAGAUUACAGUUUGAUUUUUAUAGCAGUAGUAGUCACUGAUAAUUACACAUGAAUUUUGUCAUGAACUUGGAAAAGAAAAUUGUAUAGGACUCCAAUCUACACCGCUGCUUAAACAACACAUACCCUGUGACAAAAACAGUCCUUUCCACUCAGCAUCUGCCAGGUGUAAGCUACUAUCCUGCAUUUCAAUAAAGAUGAGAAUUCUACAAGUCUAGACAUACCUGUCAGGAAGUAUGGGGUGGUACAGUUUGAUAUCAUGACAACCUUGGAGACCUGAAGCAACAACUACAGAAAAUGUUAUGUUUCCUCCUCUUUGCACAUUUCACUCUAAAUAAACUAAGGUAAGGCUCA